AUGAACGCAGUGGAGGCAUCUGAAUAUCUUCACUAUAUUUGGGUUCACGGUGAAGGUCGAAAAAACUCACAUCAGGAACAGAAGGUUAAAAUGAAAGCUUUCUUUUCUAAGCUCAGAGAGGCAGCCAGUUCUGAAUCUGAACGGUCCUGGAAGGAUGCAUUGACCUAUGAUGAUGUGCAUGUGAACUUCACUCGGGAAGAGUGGGCUUUGCUGGAUCCUUCCCAGAAGAGUCUCUAUAAAGAUGUGAUGCUGGAGACAUACUGGAACCUGUUUGUUAUAGGCUACAGUUGGGAAGGUCAUAAUAUGGAAGAGUAUUGUCAACCUUAUAGAAGACAUGCAAGGUAA